UUGAAUGCCGCGACACGUGGGCCCUGCCGCUAACGCUGUGUUUCUGGUGCUGCUCUGGUGUUGCCGUGUAGUUUUUUCCUUUCUGACCGUUCCGCACCUAUCGUUUAAAAUGAGUUCGGAGCAGAAUGAUGAAAACCCUUUCAACGAGUUUGCUCUCGGAGCAUCGCCAGGUGGCACUGGGCCAAGCCCCGGGGUUGCAAGAGCCCGACCCGCAGCGGCCAGGGUAAUCAUAGACAGCCUUGACAGAAAGCCAGUCAAGAAAAUGCGCACAUCUACCGGCGCUAAGGGACAGACGACGGCGAAAGGCUUGGUGGAGAAGUACAGGUCCCCUGGAGAGCCCGAGUGGCCACUGAGGUUGAUCAUUAUCGGCCAUAACCCUAGCGAGAAGGCGUGGGAACUUGGUCAUUACUACGGCAACCCAUCCAACCGAAUGUGGAAGUUGCUGUCCAGUGCGGGCAUAAUCCCUCCCGGCUUCACCGCUUCGAACGACGAGGAUUGCCCCAUCACGAGCGGCGUGGGCUUCACGGAUGUGGGCUUCUCGAUUCCCGGCACCGUCUCCAGCGAGUUCGGCAAAAAAGAGCUGCAUUCUUGGCGGAGAGGCUUUUACGACCGAUUAAUAGCCCACGCUGAGCGCGCGGCGGCCACGGUAGCCGCGUCAAAAUCAUCUCCAGCGGAACCGGUAACGGAGCGGGGGACAGAUAGUACCUCCGCGGCGGGCAAGGGGGCUGACCAGGGAGUGUUAACGGCGACGACGAUCAAGGCUGAGAUCGAGAAUGGUUAUCCCAGGAUCAUUGCCUUCGCUGGAAAGCGCCAGUGGGAGGAGCUGUUUUUCGACGCUAGCGCGAAGGACAAGGCCAAGACAAAGGGGGGCAAGACCGGCCCCUUUGGGUUCGGCUUGCAGCCGGCCGAUCUGCGCCCGCCCGGCUGGCCGUUCCCCGCGGAGCGGACCGAGGUGUUUGUUGUACCGAGUAGCAGCGGCGCGGCCGCCAUGACCAACGAAGCUCGCGAAACCCCGUAUCGGGACCUCGGGCAGCACAUGUGGAAAUCGGGAGGAUGGACACGUGGCCGUCGACAGCAAAGCGGCGGCGGAACUUCCUCUGGAGAGAAUGGGGCGAAGGCGCCACCACCGCCGCAGCAGCGAUAGAAACGGCAUUACCAGCCACCCAUCUAGUCAAGCACAGAUUAGGCACGAGGAGGUCUCGCCGACCAGUAUGAGAAGAGCUCCAAUCUGCGGCAUUGAGUAUCGUGUGGUGAUCCGUCACAGAGUUUUCGCUGAUUCAGGAGUGGUGCGCCUUGUGCGUGCAGCUUUGACUCGAGACCUGGCUCUGUUUUGAGGGGUAGGCCGCGGUGGCAAAAGUGGCGCACCGCAGCACGCACACACACGGUGGACACACGUGUACGCGGAGUUUCGCGUCAAGGAUGCACGCUCUUGGGCGCGACUACCUUCUAGUCUGAGGACUCAUUAUCCACCACAUCAAAAGGCAUUAACUAAACCGGAGGGAGCAAGAACAAAGGACACCGCAAGGGGCGGAGAUAUGGCACCUUCCCU